CGGUUUGAAUUCCCCGUAGCUGGCGAAGCUGGAUGCAGUUUUUGAUGCUCUUCCUCUGGAUUUGCAGGAGAGCUGCUCCCUCUGCUGAGUUCUCUGUGGAUCGCCACCGGCACCUGAUGUCCUUCCUCACCAUGCUGGGCCCCAGCCCCGACUGGAAUGUGGGGCUCUCUGCUGAGGAUCUCUGCACCAAGGACUGUGGCUGGGUCCAGAAAGUCGUUCAGGAUUUAAUCCCCUGGGAUGCUGGCACGGACAGUGGCGUUACCUAUGAGUCUCCUAACAAACCUACAGUGCCUCAAGAGAAGAUCAGGCCACUCACAAGCUUAGAUCAUCCCCAAAGCCCAUUUUAUGAUCCAGAAGGAGGAUCUAUCAAGCUGGUAGCCAGAGUUGUCAUCGAGAGAAUUGCACGCAAGGGGGAGCAAUGCAAUAUCGUUCCCGAUAACAUAGAUGAUAUUGUGGCAGAUCUGGCACCGGAGGAAAAAGAAGAAGACGAUACCCCUGAGACCUGCAUAUAUUCAAACUGGUCCCCAUGGUCAGCCUGCAGCUCUUCUACCUGUGAGAAGGGGAAGAGGAUGAGGCAGAGAAUGCUUAAAGCUCAGCUGGACCUCAGUGUGCCCUGCCCAGAUACCCAAGAUUUUCAGCCAUGCAUGGGUCCAGGCUGCAGUGAUGAAGAUGGUUCCACUUGCAUGAUGUCUGACUGGAUUACAUGGUCCCCCUGUAGUGUUUCCUGUGGAAUGGGAACGAGAUCUAGGGAGAGAUAUGUAAAGCAGUUCCCUGAGGAUGGCUCCAUGUGCAAAGUGCCUACUGAAGAGACCGAGAAGUGUAUUGUAAAUGAGGAGUGCUCUCCCAGCAGCUGCCUCGUCACUGAAUGGGGUGAGUGGGACGAAUGCAGUGCCAGCUGUGGCACAGGGAUGAAGAGACGGCACAGGAUGAUCAAGAUGACUCCUGCUGAUGGAUCCAUGUGCAAGGCAGAAACUACAGAGGCAGAGAAAUGCAUGAUGCCUGAAUGCCAUACCAUCCCCUGUCUACUCUCUCCCUGGUCUGAGUGGAGUGACUGCAGUGUAACAUGUGGGAAGGGAAUGCGAACCCGGCAAAGGAUGCUGAAAUCUGCUGCUGAGCUUGGAGACUGCAACGAAGAGCUGGAACAAGCAGAGAAAUGCAUGCUGCCUGAAUGCCCCAUCGACUGCGAACUAACCGAGUGGUCCCAGUGGUCCGAAUGCAACACCUCCUGUGGAAAGGGCCACAUGAUCAGGACGAGGAUGAUCAAAACAGAGCCCCAGUUUGGAGGAACGGCAUGCCCAGAAACCGUCCAGCGCUCAAAAUGUCGAGUAAGGAAAUGCCUGCGAGGGCCGGGCAUGGAAAAAAGGCGCUGGAAAGAGGCCCGGGAGAAAAGGAGAAGCGAACAAGCCAAAAAGAAUAUAGACAGCGAGCAGUAUCCAGUUUGUAGGCUGAAACCAUGGACUGCUUGGACAGAAUGUUCUACACUCUGUGGAGGUGGAAUUCAGGAACGCUACAUGAUGGUGAAGAAGAGGUCCAAAAGUACUCAGUUUACUAGUUGCAAAGACAAAAAGGAGCUAAGAGCGUGUAAUGUUCAUCCUUGUUAACAAAACACAAGGUUCCAAGUGAUGCACUCUGAGCUAAAUGGAAAGUCAACCUUGGUUUGGUUUUUAAAAAAAAAAACAACAACAACAACAACAAAUAUGAAGUGUAUAUUAGUUUUCAUUUUUGCAGUGUGGUUUGCUUUUUAGUCUUGCUGGUGCAAGAAAAAUAUUUUAUAAAUGUUUCCUCACGGAUUUAUGCUGAGAGUAAAUCUUUGGUACUCCAGCCAGCCCUUAAUGCAUAAAAAUAGUAAGUCAUCAUGAGUUAUUUAACUAAAAUACAGACAUAUCUGUGGACAUGGAAUAGCCAUAUAGAAAUACUACUUGUAAAGACAUGGGAUGCAUGCAUAUUAAAAUAAGUGACGUGUUUCAUACGGGGGAGGAUUUCUCUCUUGAUUUGAUUUUAAAAAUCCAAAGCAGUGCCUACAUAAUUACACAACUAUGCCAAGGAGUAAUUUCAGUAAUGCUGGUUCAGUAAUAUUAAAGGUGCAUGUUUAUCUUUUUACACCACUGGGUUAAGCUGAUAGUUAUAAUAAUAACAAUAAUAAUCCUAAAUACUUUUCUUCACAUGGAUGCUGUGGUCCAUGCAAAAUGGUCUUUGUUUCAUUAAAACUUAAGAAGAAAAUUAUUUGUGCAGCUCAGUAGUGAUGUCUGACCACUUCUCACUCAAGUCAAAACAGCACACAAAGAAAACAUGUGAAUGUCACAAUAUAUUUAGAUUCCAUACACCUAUUUUGGAUCUCUCCACUGCCUCUCAAAGUAGAUACAAAACCAACAGAAAUUGGUCCAGAGAGAGAGUUGCAACAGCUGUGUCACAGAAAGUUUCCCACAUGAGAGACCCUAAAAAAAUUAGAUUCAGUUUCAUGAGGAUGUUAAUCACAGGUGAAGAGGGAAACAGGUUUGUAAUAUACCAAAAAUGGUAGAGAAAAGGUGAGCCAGGUUCUCAUGUAUCCCUUA